UUGAAUAGAGUCCAGUUACGCCCAUGUCGGUGAGGGACUUGGAUCCGCUUUUACCUAAGGCACGUUGUAAUACACAGAAUAGGAUCAAGCGUAAAUAAUGCACGAUUGCACUUCCUACUGCAUGUGCGAUAUUAUAUUAUAAUCUAACUUUGGACGGAUCACUAUUUAUUAUAAAUAUAUAAUAACACGGCCAUUCAAUCGCGGUCAGCAAAGAGCGUGUAGUGUGGCCCUCAAAAAUAUGGUAACAAAAACGCGAGGUUCGUCGCAUGAGCAAGGAAUGUCUCGUAGUAAUAUAGUAAUUUGUUUAUCGUUAAUGUAACCACUAAACAAUGUUUAAAUAAUUAAAUGUAAUAUGUUGUACGUAACAAUAUGUAUCGUGAUCCGCUGGCAGAUAUUAGGCUGACACCCUCGAAUAAAACAAAACGCCCGGGAUACAUCAGUAGAAUAUAUAUUAUAUAUUAUAUAUCGUAUGACAUUCAACAAUUCAGGCAAUGGUCGGAUCGGCAAGCUGCCGAGGAAAUCUCGGUGGGCCACUCAAAAUACGGGCCAGUUAUGAGUAUUAAAUGGUAACUUUUUCUUUUUAUGAUAAUGAGAAAUGAGUACAAACAUGAGUAUAGAAAUGUAUAAAUUAAUGAAACUUAGUGGGCCGAUACCAUAUUACCAUGACUAUCCUGUUACACCGUCACCGACUCGACAAAGGACGAAAACGCAACACGACAGUAGUAUACUAGUAUACCACUAAACCAUGUGGUAUACAGGAUGCGUGGACGGAAAAGGGCGGAUACAUACGGGACGCAAACAAACGUGACAUACCACAUACAAGCUGAUAAAAUGUAUAAAUUCGGCGGGAGCACUACAGUGACGCUCAAGGCGGAAUGUGCCACAACAAAAUACGAAUGUACAUUGAAAUUAAGAUGACACUUACAACUAAGGCGGACAUGUAACAAAAACUGUCAUACACCGUCAGCGUAAUUAAUAAAAUAAUUCUUGAUGCUAUAAAAAAACGGCUGUCGCGACAUAGUGACAUGGCUGGCAUUUGGACGCACACUUGGUCAAAGCAGAAGACGGGAUAUGACAUGUGAAUAUAUUAUUAUUAUGUAGAUGUCGUUGAUAAUGACAUUUUGGCCAGAUGCAACGGCGCGGGUUCGUUUUAGUUCAAAUCCACGAUGACGGGUGUAUCACCAGCUGAAGUCAUAUGCACUACAAUACCUGCGGUGAAAUCACGACUUUCCAACUUGAUUUUUAUCGGGCCUGCAUAUUUUAGCUCAUUAAAAACUAUUGAUGCAUCCAGUUGGCGGGGGACAGUGACCGAAUCUUGAAUUCGGACAAAAUAUUAUUGUGAAUCCAUUGCGAUAUUCUUUAUGGGCAUGUACCUAUGUUAAUGUAUUAUAAGAGCAUUGGGGUUUAAACUGUAGAAUAGAAUACAUUAUUCCACAGUGUUCGUUGUAACAAUAAUACUAAAAUAAUAUGAUUUAAUGUAGAAGGAUUGUAUUUUGAUCAUUCAAAUUGGGUUUAUCUUUUUGUGUGAACAACAAUCUAUGCGUUUAUGCAAAAAAAAUUUGAAAUUUUUAAUAUUUUUUUUCACUUUUGAAUUGCGGUGACAUUAAUGUUUAUAUUAGCACUGUACUAUCCAUUGAGGGUUCCGACACACUUUAAGACUGAAUCAUUCGACCCACCGUACCACCAAGUUGGUGGCACCAACACGUUCUUUUGUUCUGCGAUAUUUACGCUUGGUAGCUUGUGCUUAUGGUCGGCGGGCGAUGGUUUCAAAUGUUUCCGGUAUAAUAUAGGUAUAGCCAUCUGGGCCCUAGGUAAAUACAAUUUUUCUAUUAGAAACUAUAACAACCAAUAUGUAAUUUAUCACUGUAAAAGUUAUUUAUAUUAAUUGUAUUAAAUUUUGUUUUAAUUUGUAUUUGUUUAGCUGUUUUACUUGAUAUUUGAUUGAUUGCCUACAACAUGAGUCUCAUUAAUUCAUCUUUAUUUGAUAGUCAUCUAUCUACAUUAGUUUUCGAUGAAAUUAAACUUAAAAACAAUGUUAACGGAUACAUCGAGCGUAUGAAAAUGUCUGAAUGGUCAAAUAAUUUUAAUCGUAUUUUUGUUAGUCCAGGAAACUCAUUUAAUAUAAAAUAUUUCAUAAAGUUUUUAUCAUCAAAGUUGGCUAAAAAUAAUCGGAUGUCUCGAUCAAAUGGCCUCUUAUCCAAUUCGAAUAAAGAAAAUGAUCAACUAAUAUCACAAAAACGGCAAUCUGAUGUCAUAGGGCCUCAACAGCCUGCCAUUAUAAAUGAAUUAAAAGUGGGAAAAAAUGACGAGUUUGUUGAUGAUAUUAUUGAUAGGCUAACAGGAAAAGAAUUUUUGAGAUUAUUGAACAUAGAACCAAAAAAACGGUUGGAAACAAUAAUAUAUAACUAUAGUGUGUUCAAUAAAACUUUAGAAGACGACGUAUCGUUUGAAAAAUUAGACAAAUUAAGCAAUGACGAUAUAAAAGCAGAAGUUCCAUAUGAAAUAUACAUCGAAGCAGUAGAUGAUGAAUCAUUCAAAUUGAAAUUAAAAGAAAUUGUGAAGACAAUAAUCAUUUGGACUGGACUUACAUAUGGGUUUGAACAAAAUUUGUUAAAAUUCGCGUUUGACUCAGCUUGUAAAACUUCCGAUGUAUUUCCAAUACCAAAUAGCCAAAACCACGUACCUGUAAUACACGUUGUAAACUUGGCCAGGCUCAUACAUAAAAUAAUAUCCGAAAAUCAGGCACUAGAGUAUCAUUAUAUUUUUGCCGUUGAAAGUCCAAUACAUACAUUAAAACAAAUCAUCACUGUAAGCAUCUAAUUAUAACUCAGGUUUAAUAAAUAAGAGUUUUUACCUAUUGAAAAAUGUUUUUCUAGGCUCUCGCUAACUCUUGCAAUGUGGCUAUUCCGAUGGUUGUGUCAUUAAAUACAUUUCUAAAUAAAUAUGAACUUAAGGUGAGCAAAAAAUUCAGAUUGUAAAUCAGCACUUAUAAAAGUUAAAUUUCGAAACGAUCAUAUGAUAAUAUAUCAUAUAGGGCAUACAUAAACAAAUUAUAUCAGCUGAUAUUAAAGUCAAUUCGAGGAUUAACCGAUUGUGGCCUAAUUUCGAAUGGUACAAUAAUAACUCAUCAAUGCUGAAUUCAAUGAAAUAUUUAGUUGAAGAGUACAAAAGAGCUCAUAACAUUAAAGUGAAAAUUUUUUUUAAAGCAUUAUUUUGAAUGCAUAUUUUGUAGUGUACUAAAUAGAGAUAUAGGUAGGUACCCACGUGUAUUUAUUUUGUAUAGAGUAUUAAGUUCAUUAUACUGGGUCCACCGGCUUCUGGUAAGACCAAACUCGCACUUCAACUUGCCCAGUAUUAUGGUUUAAUUUACUUGGAACCAAAAAAGAUAACUCAAGAACAUAUCAAUGGAAUC